AUGCGGUCUUUAUCCGUCCUGCCGGUGCUUUCGACACUUGCCUUACUUCUCAACUACUCGACCCACACAGCCGCAACCCCGCUCGGAUUGGGAGCAAACGUCACUGAGGGAAACGGGCUUGAGAAGCGCUGUGAGAACCCUUGUGGCUACAAUGGCUGGCUUUGCUGCGCGAGCGGUCAAACGUGCACUACCAACAGUGCCAAAGAGGCUGUCUGUGCAGAUGGGAGUGCUAGUGGCGGUGGAGACUGGGAAUAUUACACAUCCACUUACGUGCUCACCAAUACCGACGUAACAACUAUUACCUCUGUCUGGAGUAGCCAGAUAGCUGCACCGACAGGCACAGGCUCGUGCAGAUUCGACCUCGGAGAGACAAAGUGCGGCUCGAGUUGUUGCGAUGCCACGCAAGAAUGCGCCUUGAAUGCCGCUGGUAAUGCGGGCCAAUGUGUCGCCGAGAGCUCUUCAUUUAUUGCGACUGCGACAGGAACCGACGCCACGCCAGGCGUUCGACCGACGAGCGAUGGGGCAACCACCGUAACAGCAACCGCAGCCCCAACCAUCACGGAGGGAUUCACGGCGCCAGUUGGAACGGACGGGGCAGAAUUGAUCGGGGUCAAAGCAGGUAACAACGGCUUGAGUGGUGGCGCCAUCGCAGGAAUCGUUAUCGGCAGUAUCGUUGGUGCGUUCUUGUUGCUACUCCUCUGCGCAUGCGUCUGCUUUAAGGGUAUCUUGGAAGGCCUAUUUGCCGCACUCGGCUUCGGCAAGAAGCGCCGCAGACAGGACACAACCUAUAUUGAAGAGCACCAUUCUCAUCAUUCGCAUGGCGGUCGGCCUCCCCCUCCUCCCGGCCGAACGUGGUUCGGCACCAAGCCAACCGCGGGAGGCAGUGAGGUUAGCGAGAAGAAAGAAUCCAAAUGGGGCUUGGGCACAAUUGCCAUCAUUAUCGGUGCUCUUGCUCUGUGUUUGGGAUUGAAGCGGAAGAGAGAUAGAGAGCACGACGACGACAAGACAGAGUCCUCCUACCCAAGUUCAUAUUACUACUAUUCCGAUUAUUACUCGGGCACCGGGACCGAAGUUCUGACAGACGAACUAGAGAUACGCGACGAUCACGACGAUCGCGCACUCGAUCUGACCGUCCAUGAUAUCUGA